AGAUCUAACUGAUGGACGCGGGCGGCCGUAACCAGAACAGCUUGUAAGUUGCGCCUUGCAGUUCGUCUCGCUACGCCACAAGUGGCAAAGCAGCUUGUGCCUUGUGGGCUGUGCGGUCCAACGAAUGCGUGCAACUUGUCCCUUGUGUACUUUCGGAAUUCUCCAAGCAGCGAGUUUUCUUCGAUUUGAAAAUCGAAAACUUCAUUUUUUCGCAGCUUCAAUUUGGUCAGUAAUCUCCUCACCUGCUGGAGAUUACUCCGGUUAUCUGACAAUUCGCAUUGUAUACAGUUUAUUUGUACGUGUUAACGGGUGCGUGGUCGUGAAGUUUCGUGGAGUCAGGAGCUUCGACGCCAUAUUGCCUAUUGGGACAAGUCUCCAUAAGUGAGAAUCGAGAACUAAAUCAGCGGACAAAUCAGUCCACUAUCACUAUGGCAUAUAAUGCAUCACAGCUGGAGUCCUGGGGACAUUACCGUGACGGAGGAGGAUCAUAUUAUGAGAACAUCGCGUCCACCGUGAAGCCUUCCCAGUCCAGUCAUUCGAGGAUCCAAGGCUAUGUGGAGCCCUCACGAACCAGGAACGGCGACGGCUAUCAGCGCGAAGCCUACCACCCCGAGAACGUGGCGCAGCAUCAGCGCGAACUGGAUGCCUGGUCGCGCGGCGGCGGCGGCGGCGGCCCAUCCACCGCCGCCCCCCGCAGCGGCAAGGAGUGGUACGGCGAUGCGUCCUACAACGCACCAGCGUUGCCGAUGGCCGGCCACACCACCCACGCCGACGAAUACAACCCCUACGGGUCGCGCACCGUCGCUCUGAAAGCGGAUUUCCAGAACCGCCGUCCGCGCUCUCGCUCGGUCUCACCGCAGUCCAAACGACAGCGACAGGACAGCACCGCACAAUACGGAUACGGGGGACGCGGGGGACAGGAGAAGGCGGAGUACGGAAGCGGUUGGAAUGAGGCCGGGGGGUAUGGAGGGGCCGCGGGAGGGUACGAGCGACAGAUGCAACGCACCGCUCCUCAUGGUGGUUCAAUGCGGGACAGUAGCAACCAGCGCAGCUCCUCCCAGUACUACCAGGCCACCCCCGCUGCCGCCGCAACCCAGGCAUCGCCCACUCGAUUCCGUGGCAGCAACGCCCAGUUAGGAGUGCAGGCCAGUCCUUACAGCUACAACACCGGGGCGGCUGCCUCCACUUCAUAUUAUCCAACCACCACGUACUUCACCCAGCGCUCGCCCACCAACAUUCGCCCGGCCCGUAUCGGCCGCCCCGUCAUCCAGCAGAACAUUCGUCGCGAUCUGAACGCACCCAGUCGAUCUCCGGUCAAGCCGGCACCCCCGCCCCGUCGGGAGGUGAAGCCACCACCGCCGGUCAAGAAAUCCACCACCAGCUCGUCGACAUACAAACCGGCCCCGAAAACGUCGACAACCGCAGGAAAACGUCGGAGCCGUCGUCCGGAUCCUCAUCCAAGUCGGAGGCGAAGAAGGAGCGACUGCGGAGACGCGCCGCCAAACGGCGCGAGAGCAAAAGGCCGAGGAGGCUACUUCCGGUGGGAAGACGACAGCGCCGAAUAA